AUGUACGCUCUUAUAGUUUGGGUUAAUGAUGAUCCCAUCAAGGGAAGUGUUGUUAAAAUGACUUCUAUCGUAGAGCCAAGACUACCAUUAGAUCAAUACAAGGAAGGUCAGGAGGUGAAGGCACGAUGUCAAGGCUAUGGCAUUUUUACUGGUGUGAUAGGAAAGAUUGCAGAUCAUUUGGGAAGAAAAGACUUGAUGGGAAUUUUGGCUGAUGACAGAUUUUCAUCACUUGUGGAUAAAAUCGUAAAGGAGAGAGGAGUUUCUACUUCCGUCUGCAAUGAAGAGAAGAACCAAACACCUGAAAGUGGUAUGCCCCCUGCUAAUAAAGAGACUGGGAAGAAGAAGAAAAAUAAGGAAGAUAAAAAUGCUGCAAAAAAAGAUAGGGUUGAGCUUGAACGUGCAGCAAAUGAAUUGGAGCUGACUGAGCUCCAAGCAUCAUUGUGUACACAAAGACAACCGGCCAAAGACAUGACAGAGCUCCAAGAACCAUCACAGAGGCAACCAGAAAAAGGCAUGGGUACCUAUGAUGAUGACCAAAAAACCCCAACCAAUUUGGAGGACAGAAUAUCAUUGCCGAGCUUAUCAUCAACAUUAAGACAGUCCUUAGAUGUUAUGCAUGGUACUGGGUCCCCUGAGAAAGCUCCUGCUAAUCAAGAACAGCCUGCCAAAACUCAGCCAAUCAGUGUUCCUGCAGUGAACGGCUAUGUAGAACAGCAAAUUAAUGCGUUGAGGCAGGAGCUAUACCAGGCAAAUGCUAGGAUUGCCCAUCUAGAGACUAGCUAUACAUGGCUUUGGAACUAUGUGCAACAGAUGCAGUGUAAUGUUCCUGUUCCAUCCGAAACCGCUGGCCAUAAACAAAAUUUAGAAAAAGAACAGUUGUCUGCCAGUUGCAGCAGCAAUCCUGAUUUUCAAAUAUCUACACAAGAUAAUCAUUCAGACAUAAAUACCUCUGUUGAAAAAAUGAUUGGCGGUUAUACAAUGGACCAACUGCAGAGCAAGGUUAUUGGCAUAACCAGCUACAGUAAGAUGGCCAUCGUUUUAUUCCGCUUUUUGUAUAAAGAGGAAGAAUAUGCCGGAAAGUCCUUGACAGGGAAAGCGUCAAAAAGCGGCGAAAAAAGGCCCCCUGUUGACCAAGAAAAGUUGACAGGAAUUUACGACUUUUUAAACAGGUAUCUACGCAAGAGUGAUAUCAUGGACAUUGACCAUGGAUGUCAUAAAAGAUUCCUCAAAAUUGGUAUUACAUGGAUAGAAUGGACAUUGUCCAUGGAAAGAAUGGACAUUGUCCAUGACAAGAAUGGACAAUGUCCAUGGAAAAAAUGGACAUUGUCCAUGAAGUUAAAUGGUCAGCUCACUGUUUGA